UACCUUAGAUAACCUCUUUAAGUCAACCCUCACAAUCAGUUGCGUUCCGACUCUCGUGGGAGCUACUUGCUCUAUAUUAUAGAAGUUUUGAAGAUGAAAAAUGCUUGCGGAAUUACAGUGCUCGCUGGUUUUCUAAGUCUCACAGCUGUAUUUCUGUCAUUUUUAGUAAAGACAGCAGCAAUCCCAUACCAAUGCAAGGAGGGGGUGGAGUGUCUGCCGCUGGACAGGUGCACCGGACUGUACAGAAGAUGGCAAGGGGACAGAGAAACGUACAAUUACACCAUAGAAUUGUUACUAUGCGAGAAGUACGAGGCUGCACCAAAUAAAUUGCCAAAGGUAUGUUGCGCACCGAAGCUGUUUUUAACGAAUGAUCCAUUACCUGCAUUCAAACCAGUUUCUAGAACGCAGAAAAUUACAAAUGAUGGAAGGUCCGCUCCAACCUCUACAAUACUGAAAAUGCCAGACGAAGGAGAAUCCACAGUAAAGCCAGUCUCAACUACACUUAAAACACCGAAUGAGGGUAGGAAAUCUAAAGAUGUGCAGUGUGGAGAACAAAAUGUCGACAGAAUUAUUGGCGGGAAUAGAACCCACAUUGAUGAGUAUCCAUGGAUGGCCCUGCUGAAGUAUGAGUUUAACGUCACAAAUGGUUUCGGAUACUACUGUGGCGGUGUUCUUCUGUCGUCCAGAUACGUCCUGACUGCAGCCCACUGUGUGUACACGACGUUGGGAGCUGGAUGGAAAUUGAGCCACGUCAUUCUCGGGGAAUGGGAUACGUCUACCAAGCGGGACUGUGACAAUGACCUGUGUAAUGAGGCCAUAGAGGUGGCUAUAGAGAGGGCUAUCGUCCACGACCAGUACGUCCGAGGCGAUGACAGUAUGCCUAACGAUAUCGCACUCUUGAGGUUGGCCCGGGAAGUGCAAUUCGACGAUUUCGUGAAACCUAUCUGUCUUCCUACCGAGGCUGCUUUAUUGAAAAACAAUUUUGAAGGUUACGACUUGCAAGUAGCUGGCUGGGGUAAAACUAACAACGCCUCAGCAUCACAAGUGAAACUGAAAAUCAGUUUACCGGUAUACGACCAUAAAAAGUGUCAGGACCAAUACUUCCGUCAGGGGAGGAACGUAACUGACAAGCAGUUUUGCGUCGGCGGCAAGGCCCGGAAGGACACUUGUAGGGGGGACUCCGGUGGACCGUUGAUGGGGCAGGUGUCAUUUGGCAAGAGAUGGGCGGUGGUCGGAGUGACGUCUUACGGCCCCAGCCCCUGCGGCACCGAAGGCUGGCCGGGCAUCUACACACGAGUCACACCGUAUCUCAAAUGGAUACAAGACAACAUGAUUCCGUGAUUAGCUUUAGUUGGGAGAAAGUUUAUUUGUAGAAAUUUAUUUAUUGUAACGGAUUAAAUCAGUAUUUUAGCAAACA